AUGGCCAAACCUUUUUUCAGACUACAGAAAUUUCUUCGGCGGACCCAGUUUCUGCUCUUCUUUCUCACAGCAGCUUACCUAAUGGCUGGCAGCCUUCUCCUAUUACAGCGAUCCCGCUUGGUUAUCCAACAAGGCACACGUGGGACCUCGAAUAUUCAGGUCUCACCGGUUUCAGACAUGGUGAUAGGAGUUGGAAUCCUAGAUACCAGAACAAUGCAAAACCCUCGUUUGAGUUCUAAGCUUCUGGUGGACAUGGAUGUGCUCCAUGACCCAACAUCAGAUCAGAGGUACGGGCCACGGUGGCUAAUGUCCCGGAACUCAGAACUGAGACAGUUAAGAAGAAGAUGGUUUCACAGGUUCAUUAAUGAACAACAACCCAUGCAAGUAAUGGGAUCUAAGAUGAUGCAACAUACAGGUGAAAACAAAGGCACUUACGUUGGAUGCUUCAGUAAUGAUUCCAGGGAGAAGACAUUGAAGGGAGCUGUGUUUUAUGACUUAAGAAAAAUGACAGUAUCUCAUUGUCAAGAAGCAUGUGCUGAGAGGGCUUAUACGUACGCUGGCUUAGAGUAUGGUGCAGAAUGUUACUGUGGGAACAAGCUCCCAGUAACUACUGCAAAGCAAGAAGAGUGCAACAAUGAAUGUAAAGGAGAGAAAGGUUCCAUCUGUGGUGGGGUGAACAGGCUGUCUGUCUACAGGGUGGAGGAGCUGCGGGCAGGGGCCAAACGACGGAGGAAUGUUAUCUAUCGAGGAUGUUUUAGAGCGCCAGAAAAUUUAACAGUCACCUUUCCAGCCUCUUUGAUACAGUCCAAUUUGACGGUGGAGAUGUGCUCUGAAUUUUGCUCCAAGAAAGAAUUUCCCUUGGCAAUCAUCGGAGGGCCAGAAUGCUACUGUGGCUAUCCCACAAUGCAUUUCACUCUUCACGACAGCGUGGACAGGUUGUUCUGCAGCAGACUGCAGAACGUCAGUAGUAUGGCUGAGGUGCCAAGAGAAGAGAAUUACUAUCAUGUCUAUCAGACUCCAGUACAAGACACCCGAUGCACAGAUAGGAAAUUCCUCACUACCAAAUCCAAAGUGUUUGUUGCUUUGUCUAGUUUUCCUGGGGCCGGGAAUACCUGGGCUCGUCAUUUAAUAGAACACGCCACUGGAUACUACACUGGAAGCUAUUACUUUGAUGGAACCCUGUACAACAAAGGUUUUAAAGGAGAAAAAGACCACUGGAGAAGCAGGAGGACUAUCUGUGUGAAAACACAUGAAAGUGGCAAGAGAGAGAUCGAAAUGUUUGACUCCGCAAUCUUGUUGAUAAGGAACCCAUACAAAUCUCUAAUGGCAGAAUUCAACCGGAAAUGUGCUGGCCACCUGGGAUAUGCAACAGAUAGGAACUGGAAGAGUAAAGAAUGGCCAGACUUUGUCAACAGCUACGCCUCAUGGUGGGCCUCUCACGUCUUAGACUGGUUAAAAUAUGGAAAACAUCUCUUUGUUAUUCACUAUGAAGACUUAAAACAGAAUCUCAUCCCCAAGCUGAAAGAAAUGGUGGAAUUCCUAAACAUGACGGUGACAGAGGACCGACUGCUCUGUGUCGAAAACAACAGAGAUGGGAAUUUCAAGCGGUCAGGUGUUAGGCAGAAGGAUUUUGAGCCGUUUACCCAGGAAAUGAAAGAUCUUAUCAACAGCUACAUCCUGACAGUGGAUGAAGCACUGAAAAGAAGAAACCUGACAGGGCUGCCAAGAGAGUAUGUUCCAAGAUGA